CUGGAUAGGAUCUAGCGCGGGUCUUGGGUGAUUAUUCACUCUCAAUGUCGACGAGUUGAGCCGAAAUUGGAUUACUGACCGUCGAAUUUCUGGUGCUGGCUGCGGGUCUGCUGCCAAAUCCGCAGCUGCAGCUCUUCAUUCUGUCUAUCAGAAUCUUUGAUUGAUGGCGACGCAAUUGAUGCUGCUAUGGAACUCGUUACUGUAGAAUUGGAUGAAACAAAGGAGUGCAAGCGCGGUCGCUCUACGAGCACCGUGUGGACCUUAUUCACGAAUGAUGCCUAUCCACAGAAUGCCAAAAGGUGUUAGAUGCAAGCACUGUGGCAACCUUGUGAAUCAUCACAAGAAGACUGAAGCCGAUAAGAAGCACCUCAACAAGUGUCGGAAGUUCCGCACGUUCAUAAAUGGACUGGAAGAUGUAGAUCGUCCUAACUGGUUUAUAAGCAACAAAAAGCUAGUCUAUGUAGAGCGUACAGAGUUGCCAAAUAUGAGUCAGGCUGCCAGCAGUAGUGUUCAAAGAUCAAUGAAACUGUAUGUGCUCCCGAAGGUUAUUUACUUCUAAGAAACAAGAGUUUCAGAAGCAGAUGGCA